GACCUGGCGGCGCGUGUCUCGGUGCUACCGAUCGCAGCGGGGCUCGAGGAUGCAGAUCAGCGGCGCUUUCAGACGCUUCUCGAUACCGCCGUUUUGGGCCUCUACGCUUUUCCGAUCAACCUCGGCCGCUUCUCGGCCCACGGCCGCGCUCUGAUCGCGCGGCGCGACAUCGACGAAAUCAUUUCCAAGGCAAUGGCUGGCCCGAACCAGCACCGGCAGAACAUAGUCGCCGACCUGGCUAAGGAUUCAAAGGAUGGCCAUGGCUUCACCAAGGAGGAGAUUUCGGACACAUUGUUCAGUCUCCUGGUGGCGGGUAAGAUGACGACCUCAGAGGCUUUUCCGUUCUUAUUGGUGCAGCUUUGCAAACACCCGAGCUGGAUCCCGCGCAUCGCUGCAGAAAACCUCGAGAUGACAAACCCCGAGGAGAACUCGGCCACUCUGCGCGUCGUGCGAGAGGCCUUGCGGUUGAAGCCACCAGCUGGCGCGUUCCGAAGGGUGAACAGGAAAGAGGACGUUGACCUCGGGGAGCACGGUGUUGUGCCAAUGGGAUGCCCUAUGGCGAUCGACCUCAGGGCAGACCUCAAGGACAUGGGACCGGCGUUUGAUCCGGAGCGGUGGCUAACCGAAGCCAAGGACAAGUUCACAGUUUUCGGGGGGAAUCAACCCCACGAAUGCAUCGGGAAGCACGUGGCGCUAGUCGAACUGCAGCUCUUCGCCCGUAUCCUGUGCCGCGAGUACAACUUCCAGGUGAUGGACAUGACUGAAGUUGUCAAUCCGGGAAAUCCGGUCAACAAGACCUACAAAGAUGGCUGCCGCGUGAAGUUCUCGAAGCAGUGA